GCGAGCGCGUGGGAAGAGGCGGGCGCUUCGCUGUGCUGCCGGGCAGCCGCGACCGAUUGAUUUCAUAGGUCGUUCGGUGGAUCACUCGGAGUCGCUCCGAGCUCUCCCCAGACAUGUCCUACUGCAGGCAAGAAGGAAAGGACCAAAUUAUAUUUGUGACCAAAGAAGACCAUGAAACCCCAAGCAAUGCUGAAUUGGUGGCAGAUGAUCCCAAUGAUCCUUACGAAGAUCAUGGUUUGAUAUUGCCUAAUGGAGAUAUCAACUGGAAUUGCCCGUGCCUUGGUGGAAUGGCUAGUGGUCCUUGCGGGGAACAAUUCAAGUCAGCAUUUUCCUGUUUUCAUUAUAGCAAGGAAGAAAUUAAAGGGUCAGAUUGUGUGGACCAGUUUCGUGCAAUGCAAGAAUGUAUGCAGAAAUACCCGGAUCUUUAUCCUCAGGAAGAUGAUGAUGAUGAUGAAGAAGAUGAAGAAGAUAAUCAAAGCAAAGAUUUAGAAACUACUCCUUCGGCGGGCAAAGAAAAGGAUGGGUCUAGCUAAUGAAUGAGCAUGGAGGCUGUGGUCUCCUUUCCAUAUUCAGAGACAUUUAGACAGGCAAAGUAUCUUCUCUCCUUUCUUUCUUUCCACCCCAUUGAUCCCGCAAGGAAUGCACUUCCGUACACUGUUAUCAUGUAAACUCACUUACUGUGAAGAAGAAACUUCAGCCCUAUGGUUUUAACAACGAAAUGUUGCGGUAGGGUCAGUAUAGAAGAAAUGUAGACACCACCAGUACUUUUAUCACUUUUCUUCUCCAGUUAUGUUCAGUCUGUAGGUUGGCUUGAAGAACAGAGGGUGGUUAAUCCUCUUUGGGGAAAGCAAGAAUAUUGAAUCACCAAAUUUCAGUUGUUAGCUAUUGUCAAGAUUUUAUAUGAUGAAAAUACAGAUUUCUCAGAACAACCAAAAAGAUUCAGAAAUCUGGGUAAAAUUUUCAGCUAGUCAGCCUUACAUGCUUGAUGGCACAGGAAGUUUGCAUCUAUAAUUAAUUUCUAAUAAUAGAAAAUUAAUGUUAGCAUAUUGAUUUCCCGUUUUAAAAUAAACCUCGAUCAGGCCUUGCCAUAACUGAGCAAACAGAAAAACUUUGGCCACUGUGUUCCUUAAUAUUUCUAAUAAUCCCUGUUUUGAAGGGUUUCCUGUGUUCAAAGCCCUCUCCCAGCAGGUUGCUGACCAUAAUGAGACAAAUGCAAUGUUACCUGGGGUAACAAACCUCUGCAUAAAUAUUGUGAUUUGACUGUAUAUUAAAAGUGAAUUCCUUUUACUUUA